ACCCCCUGUAAAAAACACAGUGAUGGCUAAUUAUUCUGAAUCAUACACCCACUAACAAAAAGAAACGCCUAUCUCUGUCUGUUUCCACGUAUCUUUUCUUGCAAUCUAAGCCUUCGUUUCAUUUUAAAAACCCCAAUUCCCAUUUCAAAUCUCUUAUCAUCUCCCGGAAAACCCCACUUCUCGAACAAAUUUCAUAAUAUGACCUCAGUUUGCAUAUCCAACUGUGUAAACGACGCACGUGACCCACGUGUUCCUGUUCGCGCCACCUACGUCAACCUCUACAAGUGGCCGGAGUCUGACGCCGAGUUCGUCAGAUCAGUUACGUCGAGGUCUAACGUGCGCCGUGGGGUUCAUGUGCAUGGCCACCCUAGGGUUGUGGACAGCAUCUCGUGCAGGCAGAUGUACCUGAGAAGCUACAAAUUCUCGCGAGAUGACGAUAAGGAUGCCGAGAAUGAGAAGACCGCCAUGUGUUUUGGUAGAGUGAAGGAGAAAGACAAAGAGAAAAAAGAAAAGGUGGGUGAUAAUAAUAAUAAUAAUUAUAACAAGAACGGGAGGAUGAGGAAGAGAAAGGACAAGGAACGACGUCGUAAAAGGAUUAAGUGUUUGAGGAAAUUUUCAUGCAAUGCAUUGUUUAGGCUUUUCCACAGGUUGUUGUCUUGUGGUGCUAGUAUAGAUGUUGCUGAUCGUUGAUUUAUUUAUUUUCCAUUUUCAUGAGCUUAUAAUAAUUUGGUUUCUGGGUUUAUUUAUUUCUAAGAUAUUUGUGUUUUCUUUUUUCUUUUUUGUUUAUAUAUGUAAUGUUGUUUAAGCUAAGAAAAAGAGAGAGCAGAGAAUUGAGCAUGAAGGGUCUCUGUAUAUCUACAUGUUUUGCGGUUAAUCUGAGCUUAAUUACAAACUUUUUAUCUAA